AUGACUGGCGACGAAGACUACCCUUCUCUACUUUGGAUUGCUAUCCCUACGGCAGUACUCUUGUCCGGGUAUUUUGCGCGCAAGUUCUACCUUGCAUACCGCCUGAAGAAAUAUGGAAUAGGGAGAGGAGCACCCGGAUUUCAAACGAAUGUUCGCAAAGUCCGCAUAACACCAGAAAUCGCUGCUCGUAUUCGCAGAGGGGAAGACGUGUCGCCGGAGGAGAUCACGGCCGCCAUAGCCAAAGCCGAACGGGAGGAGUCUCAACAGACGAGCUCUAGCCCACCGCCACCCAUACAUCGGGCUCCGCUAAUAGAGAAGACCGAGCCCACGAUCAACGAAUGGUUACCUGACUCUAUAACCACGCCUAAGAAGCGGGCGAAGGGCAAGAAGAAGUAG